CCAUCUGCUCGGGAUUUGUGAUUCUGAGACUCCAGGCUGGGGGCUCGGGGCUCCGGGAGGCAACGGAUCAGGUCUGCUCAGGGCCCUGGAGCGGCCGAGGAUCCGACGCCCUUCCAACCUGCUGCGCCUCCCGCGGAGGCUCCCGGUGUUCCCGCGUCCCGGCCCCGGGCCGGGCGCUGAUGGAACCGCAGCGAUGUUCGCUCUGGCCAGGCUGCUGGAUUUCCAGAAAACCAAAUACGCGAGGUUUAUGAACGACCGAGUCCCGGCGCACAAGAGGUACCAGCCCACUGAAUACGAACACGCAGCCAACUGUGCCACCCACGCUUUCUGGAUCAUCCCCAGCAUCCUUGGCAGCUCCAACCUCUACUUCCUGUCCGACGACGACUGGGAGAGCAUAUCCGCCUGGAUUUACGGCCUUGGCCUCUGUGGCCUCUUUGUGGUAUCCACCGUGUUCCACACAGUCUCUUGGAAGAAGAGCCAUCUCAGGUCGGUAGAACACUGCCUACACAUGAUCGACAGGAUGGCCAUCUACUUCUUCAUCGCGGCCUCCUACGCGCCCUGGCUGAACCUUCGGGAGUUGGGCCCCUGGGCCUCCCACAUGCGCUGGCUGGUCUGGAUUAUGGCCUCCAUUGGUACUGUCUAUGUCUUUUUCUUCCACGAACGUGUGCUGUCUUCGGUGUGUGCCCCGCCCCUCCCUGAGGGCGUGUCCCGAGACCGCGUGACCUGUCUCCCCAGGUACAAGCUCGUGGAGCUGCUGUGCUAUGUGGUGAUGGGUUUCUUCCCUGCGCUGGUCAUCCUCUCCAUGCCCAACACUGAAGGCAUCUGGGAGCUGAUGACAGGAGGGGUUUUCUACUGCCUGGGCAUGGUGUUCUUCAAGAGUGACGGGAGGAUCCCCUUUGCCCAUGCCAUCUGGCAUCUCUUUGUGGCAUUUGGUGCUGGUACCCACUACUAUGCCAUAUGGAGGUACCUCUACCUGCCCAGCACUCUACAGACCAAGGUGUCCAAAUGAGGCAGCCCAGAUGCUAUGGGUCAUUUGGACUUUGGGGUCAAAGCAUCAUGAGAAGUGAACUCUGAACCCAGAUCAUAGUGCCAAGGUCUGCCUGCCUUUUCCUGGAUGGAAUUCUCUGUGGGUCUGAGGUCCCUUUCAGUGACAGCCAGACUACCUUUUGACUCUCCAGCAAGGAAGAAAACAUUUAGUCAUUUCCAUGGAGAAGAAAUUAAUUCAGUACUGUGUUUCUACUUUAGACUUUUUUUUUUUUUUUACUAUAACCAAUAUUAACAAAAAAGGGCAAUAGGGAAUUACCAUCCAAGAGGUAAUUUUUAAGGUCUUGAAGGCCUCCCUUUUUUGCUGCAGGGGGAAGUCACCUAGCAUUAUAGAUAACAGAUGGGGAAUAUCCCUGACCAUGGCAGACAUCACCAAUCAAUUGCAGCAUGUGCGUAGUGGUAGAAUUCAACAUAGUAUCCCAUGCAGACAUUAUUAAUUGAUUCUGUGCUCAUGAUGGAACCUCUUGGCUGGCCUGGUGUGUUAGGAGACAGGAUCACAGCAGAGCCAUUAGAUGUUGCUGUAUAGAAGAGCAUGCUUAUCUCUGGACGCCAUUGCCUUCUAGUCCCUCCUGUCCACCUUUGAAGAAGUUCUUGGAGUGCACUGUUCAGAGGCAGUGCAAGGAGACCAAGUCAUACAUUCCCAGCAGUCCCUGAUGCUCUGCCCCACCAUGGCUGGUUCUUGGUUCUAGAGGAGCUGAGAUCUGGGAUGAGGAUGCUGCUACUUGGCUAUUUCUUCACCUCUCAUAGAAUCCAGAGAAAUGAUGAAGCUGUGUUCAGCAGAGGUUGUUUUUUUUUUGUUUUGUUUUUUUUUUCUUGGUGCCAUGAGAUGGCUCUCAGAAGCCCUGUUGAUGGGCCAGGGGCAGAUCCUUCAUCUGUCAGAACCGGUAGAAUGUCUACAUCCCAAAGCGAUUGUGAGCUAAGAAGAUGGCCACCAAAGGCCUGUCCUCAGCCAUUUCUACUCCUGGGCUAGCCUCGUCAGAAGACAUCCCUGGACACGGGCCGAGUGCAGGAGCCACAGGCUUGGCUCCUGACCUGAACCGACACCUCAGGCUCUCUGGAAGAGUCUGCUGGAAAUCCAAGGUCUUACUCAACAACUGCCAGACAGAUGGGUGUGGGCGGGGGUGGCCAGGACAGGUGCCUUAUACUUUGCUCUAGCACAUUCCAAGGCGUUUCAGGGCUCCAGCACCUGGAAUCCCGUAUGUCAAAGCCAGUAUUAAAUCAAGUUUAUGCAUUUCUCAGAA